UAAAUCUUGUCCAGAGAAAUUUUAUUCCAUCCUAAGAAAAGCAGCACUUCCUCUCUCUAUAUCUCUCUCUUUCUCUCUCCAAAACUCAACCAGAAAUGGAGAACAUUGAUCAUGAACUCAAUAAUUGGGGACUCCCAUCAGAAGAUCUUGACAGUUAUUUUGAGGAAACAAUGUUGCCGUACUAUGAUUUGAGCUCGCCAGAUGGAACCUUGUCAUCAGUGGCUUCAAAGAAUAUUGUUUCAGAGAGAAAUAGGAGGAAAAGACUCAAUGAAAGACUCUAUGCACUAAGAGCAGUGGUCCCUAACAUUUCAAAGAUGGAUAAAGCGUCGAUAAUCAAAGACGCGAUUGAUUAUAUUCAAGAAUUGCAAGAAGAAGAGAAGAGAAUUCGAGCCGAAGUUUUGGAGCUCGAAUCUGGUAGAUCAUCUAGUGGUACUACAAUUGUCGACUUCGAUCAAGAGGCCACAACUUUUUAUUCAAGACCAAAGAGAUCAAGAAUUGAUCAAUGCUAUGAUUCUACAGGAUCAAGAUCAUGCCCUAUUGAAGUUCUUGAGUUGAGGGUAUCCAAUAUGGGAGAAAAGAUAGUUGUGGUUAGCCUUACAUGCUGGAAAAGAACAGACACAAUGGUAAAGCUUUGUGAGAUCUUUGAAUCUUUGAAGCUCAAAAUUAUUACUGCCAAUAUCACUGCUUUUUCUGAAAGGCUUUUGAAGACCGCAUUCAUCGAGGUUAUAUUCUGUUUCUCUCUUUCAACUUUCGCAAUCUCGACUCCAUCUAUGUCUUAGACGAUCGUCAAUUUUACACCUCCACGUGAAAACAUAGUUCUAUGCUAUCUAAAAUUUAGUGCACCAAAAUGAUAUAUCAUUUUGAGUUCGUAUUAUUUCCUACUGUCUACUCAAAGUUAAGAACGUAAAUUUACGUCACAUCCCAGAGACCAAAACUUACCAUUAAUGGAUAAAUGUUUAGAAAAAACCAGUUCGACUAGGCUCAAAGCCAGGCCAGACACCCUUCCAAUAGGGAGCCGCCACAUAUUUCCCUUUUAAGCCUGGCCCCACCAGCAGAUAUCAAAUGUUUAAUCUGUAAUCAUAAUUCGGCCAAAUUGCAUAUCAUCAAGUUGGAUUUCCCAUGAAAUAGGUUGCAGUAGGGUCAACCUUUGCAUAAUCAAAUCAAUAAUGCAAUUUGGCUUAAUAUUAAAAUAUUCUUAUCCUACGGCGCUGAGAAUCAAAUGAUUAUUUUAUAAAAUACUCAAGAAUAUAGAAUAAAGAUGCUUGUGUCAUUUUCAUGUUAGAAAAAGCAAAACAAAACCUUAUAUAAUUGUUUGAGUGGGUGCUUGGGACCUCAAGUUUUAAUCAAGAAUCCAAAAAUAGAUUAGCUUAAAACUUCAAAUAUCUGUCCUUCUGAUUUCGACUUGACGCCGAGUUAAAUCUAAUUCAUCGACCGUAUAUUUGAUGUCUAGUUAUCCUUCCCAACUUCGUCUUUUAAAAGAAAAAUUGGAUUGCAAAUGAAAAACCUAAAAA